AGUGAUAAGAGGGUGCCAGUGAUGCCCGGCUCGCUGGUGGAAGUGAAGAUCCAGUCAAGGUCCUCGCCACCCAGCAUGCCGCCGCUGCCCCCCGUGAACCCCAGUGGCCCCCGGCCUGUCUCCUUCACUCCAGCAGCACUGCCCAACGGGAUCAACCAUUCCCCCCCAACGCUGAAUGGGGCCCCAUCUCCACCCCAGCGUUUCAGCAAUGGUCCUGCCUCAUCCUCAUCCUCCUCACUCACCAACCAGCAGCUCCCGGCCACCUGCGGUGCCCGACAGCUCAGCAAACUGAAGCGCUUCCUCACGACCCUGCAGCAGUUUGGCAAUGACAUCUCUCCAGAGAUUGGGGAGAAGGUCCGGACCCUUGUUCUGGCGCUAGUGAACUCAACGGUGACAAUUGAGGAAUUUCACUGCAAGCUGCAGGAGGCGACGAACUUCCCCCUUCGGCCGUUUGUGAUCCCCUUUCUGAAGGCCAACCUCCCCCUGCUUCAGAGAGAGCUGCUGCACUGUGCCCGAGCUGCCAAGCAGACUCCGUCCCAGUACCUGGCACAGCACGAGCACAUCCUGCUCAACAUGAACACCACGUCGCCAGCGGACUCCUCUGAGCUGCUCAUCGAGGUGAACGGCAAUGGGAAGAGGCACAGUCCGGACAGUUGCAGGAGAGAAGAAAGCAGCUUUGAGAGAGAGACUCUCCCAGCAGAGCCGCCAGCCAAGAGAGUGUGCACCAUCAGCCCGGCCCCGAGGCACAGUCCUGCCCUGAGCAUCCCCCUCAUGAACCCUGCAGGGCAGUUCCACCCCACACCACCACCCCUCCAGCACUACACCCUGGAGGACAUUGCAUCUUCCCAUCUGUACCGAGACCCCAGCAAGAUGCUGGAGCACCGGGAUGUUCGUGACCGCCACAGCAGUCUCAGUUUGAAUGGAGGAUACCAGGACGAGCUGGUGGACCACCGCUUAACUGAGAGAGAGUGGGCUGAUGAGUGGAAGCAUCUCGAUCAUGCACUGAACUGCAUCAUGGAGAUGGUGGAGAAGACCAGGCGCUCCAUGGCCGUUCUGCGGCGCUGUCAGGAGGCUGACCGUGAGGAGCUCAACUACUGGAAGAGGCGCUGCAGUGAGAAUGCCGAGACGAGGAAGGCAGGGAGCGAGCUCAUCUCCAGACAGCACAGUCCCAGCAGCUCCGACUCCAUCAGCAAUGAUUCCUUGCGGGAGUUCAGCAGCAGGUCGGGAGCAGGCUAUGUCACUGAAGAGAUAUGGAAAAAAGCUGAAGAAGCCGUGAAUGAGGUGAAGCGUCAGGCCAUGUCCGAAGUGCAGAAGGCUGUGGCAGAGGCUGAGCAGAAGGCAUUUGAGAUGAUUGCCUCCGAGAGGGCGCGGAUGGAGCAGACCAUUGCAGACGCCAAGCGCCAAGCUACUGAGGAUGCUUUCUUAGUCAUAAAUGAGCAGGAGGAGUCCACAGAGAGCUGCUGGAACUGCGGUCGCAAGGCCAGCGAAACGUGCAGCGGCUGCAACAUCGCCCGCUACUGCGGCUCUUUCUGCCAGCACAAAGACUGGGAGAGGCACCACCGCAUCUGUGGGCAAGGCCUGCACGGGCAGAGCAAGCCCCUGGCGCUGCCCGUGGGGCGGGCUGCAGCUCAAGGCCAUCGACGGGGUCCCCAGCCCAGUACUGGAGAAGACUUCGGCAACGACCUCCCGAUCCUCUACCCCAGCAUCUGUGACAGCAAUAGAUACAAAUGGACUCUAAGGGGAUAAAGUUCGGUUUCACAUUGGUUUUCAUGUUUUUUUAAGAUGAAAUAAUCCAGCAGGAACUCGUAUCAUGUGACAUGUUUGACAAAUCGACACUGCCGAAUCCAGAGCACUGACACUCAGGCUUUUCCAUCUCGUUCUGUUUUCCUGGUUCUUGAUGACUUCUUGCCAGCCUUGCCUGAGGGGCCUCCAUACAGUCCUCGUGGAAGGGACAUGCCGGAGAGCAGCACUGCGACAUGGAGGAUGCCAGUCUGUGCCCAGGGGACCUGGACUUCAUGGCAAGUGCUCCCAGGACACGCAGGAGAGGCCAAGCAAGAAAUGCCCGGGCAGGGGACCUUGUACUCAAGGGUGAAAUGUGUUCACAGUCCUCUCUCCUGGGCUUUCUGAGCUAAUUCCCCAUUAUCUACCUUUCCAUCACACACAUCCAGGUAGGACCUCGCUCUCACUGGUGAAUGAGAAUGAGCAGACCGAAUCCCAUUUCUUUGCAGGCAGUUAUUGUCCUCCCCAUUUGGGCACCAGCAUUUUGCUACGUAGGAUGCCUUUUUUUUUCAUGGCACAGAACGAGUUGGUUUGAGAGUCACGGACAUACUGUUUUUAACCACCAAGAUCUUCACACUGCUGCCCUGGAUUAUUUUUAAUCUGCUCUCUCCAAGCAUGUUGACCAAACUAUUAAAGAUUUCCCAACUUGGU